AUGUUUUGGCUAGAGGGUGAUUAUGAAUCGAUAAAGAACGCAUUCCAGUUCUGCGUGCGGGUGGAUCCUUGGCCCACACUCUUGUUUCAGCCAGCUUGCCCCAUUAAAAAGGAUUUAAAAUGCAAAGGUCUUCCCCCUCACACGCACAGACGAACAGAUCUUUACCGUAUGGGUCAAGACUCGGGCUUUCCGACCCCAUAUGACUUGUUUUCAACGGUGGUUGUGAAAUACGGUGGAGAAUUUGGUGGAAACGCCUCUGUUCAAAGCACAGUAAACAAUGUACAUGUAGAACCAUGGUCGUUUUAA